UCGCGUCUCCACGCGCAGCGCCUGCGCACGCGAAGGGAGCACCGUCGCGCGACGAUGACGUCUUGACGAAACCUUGACCGAAAUCGGGAGCCGGAGAACGGGAGCGCGCGUAUGAGCCCGAGGGAGGAGGAGGAGGAUCACCGCCCCCCGCAGCCCAGCGGCGACUUCAACCGCUCCAGCUUCCAAUGAAUCAGAAUGUCAAAAGUGAGACGGAAGGUUACAGUUGAAAAUUCAAAGACCAUUUCUGAGAGCACGUCUCGUAGACCCAGUGUGUUUGAAAGGCUUGGGCCUAGCACAGGGCCAAGUGCUGAGACACAAUGUCGUAAUUGGAUGAAAACUGGUCAUUGUCCAUAUGGGAACACAUGUAGGUUUACUCAUGGAUCCUCCCCCAGAGGUAAAGGAUACAGUGCCACAUACAGAAGAUCUCCAGAAAGGCCAACUGGUGAUUUACGAGAGAGAAUGAAGAAUAAAAGGCAAGAUGUAGAAUCUGAACCACAGAAGAGAACCCAGGAUGAGUCCUCGUCUCCAACGAGGAGGGCUGCUUCAAGAAGCAGACGUCGAGAAAAAGAUGAUGCUAAUCUGAAAAUUACCAAGGAACGCACCCCAGAAAGUGAAGAAGAAUCAGCUGAAUGGGAAACAGGCAGAGAUGAUUCUGAUAAUGGGGAUGUAAACUAUGAUUAUGAUCAUGAGCUGUCCCUUGAAAUGAAGCGGCAGAAAAUACAACGGGAACUGAUGAAACUUGAACAAGAGAAUAUGGAUAAAAGAGAAGAAAUAGUCAUCAAGAAGGAGAUAUCUCCGGAACCUGUGAGAAAUAAGCACUCCCCAUCUCCAAGAAAUUCAAGCAAAUCGCCUAAACAUAAAACUAGUCCAAAAUUGUCUUCUGGUAAGAAGGAGAAAAAAGGAUCAAGAUUGUCAUCUCCCGUAAGCGACCAACAAAGAAAAUCAUCAAGAGUACAGCAGAGUAAAAAGAAAGGACCUCGUACUCCAAGCCCACCACCCCCUAUUCAUGAAGAGAUUCUAACAACAAAAAAGCAUAAAGAAAAACCACGGGGAAAAGACAGAACUGAAGAAAAAGCACGAGAAAAUAGAGAAAGAGGAAGGGAUAUAGAAAGACAUAAAGAGAAAAAAGAGAAACACAAAUCACCUUCUUCCCAGAGGCAACAUCAAACUCCCACUGUGUCAAGACAGCACUCCCCAUCAUCUCGAUCAGGUUCACCUGCGACGAGAAGAUCAUCAUCUCCUCGCCACAAACGUUCCACCUCACCGUCCUAUCAGCAUGCGGCAUCACUGACUCGAAAACGAUCCUCUUCACCAUAUGCUCCGCGUUCUUCAUCUCCACAGAGAAAGCAAAGUCCAAUAAAACAUAGGUCCUCUGGAAGAGAAAAAGGCAAACUCGAGCAAGAAAAAUCGCCGUUACAGGAGCGACAUCAUGAGAAAAGGGCAGGAAGCAGAGGAAAGCGGGACCGAGAAAAGGAGAGCAAGGAUAUUCGAGACCGGCGAGGCUGUGAACUGGAUCAGAAUGUACUCCAAGAAAGAGAUGAGCACUCAAUCAGGGAUACGCGUGAUAACAAAAACAAUCGGGAUCAUAAAGAAGUGAAAGACACCACUGAGCGCAGAGAGACCAGAGAAUCUCAUGAGAUUCGUGAUUCAAGAGAUACUCGAGAUCACAAGGAGAGCAAAGACACUCGAGAUUACAAGGAGAGUAAAGACUCUCGAGAUGUGAGAGAGUCUCGUCCUAGCCGUGAUACUCAUGACUACCGAGAUAGCAGAGAUUCUCAUCGGAAAGACGAACAGCAUCAUGAAGACCGCAGUUACAACCGGAGCCAUGGCAGAGAUGAAAGUUCCCGGACUGACGUCAAGAAUGAACGUCAGAGUGAAGUGAGGAUUGAAGGCAGGAAUGAAUCCAGGGGUGAUGUUCGCAGUGAGACCAGGGGUGAUGGUCGGUGCGAGACGAGGGGAGACAGUCGCAGCGAGUCUAGGGUAGAGUUUCGCAGCGAGACCAGGGGUGAAAGCCGGAACGAGGCCAGAGGGGAUGGUCGUGGCGAUGCCAGGGGAGACAGCAGGAGUGACGCCAGGGGAGACAGCAGGAGUGACGCCAGAGGAGAUAGCAGGAGCGAUGCCAGGGGAGACAGCAGGAGCGAUGCCAGGGGAGAUAGCAGGAGUGAUGCCAGGGGAGAUAGCAGGAGUGAUGCCAGGGGAGAUAGCAGGAGCGAUGCCAGGGGAGACAGCAGGAGCGAUGCCAGAGGAGAUAGCAGGAGCGAUGCCAGAGGAGAUAGCAGGAGCGAUGCCAGAGGAGAUAGCAGGAGCGAUGCCAGAGGAGACAGCAGGAGCGAUGCCAGAGGAGAGAGCAGGAGCGAUGCCAGGGGAGACAGCAGGAGCGAUGCCAGAGGAGAGAGCAGGAGCGAUGCCAGAGGAGAUAGCAGGAGCGAGCCAGAGGAGACAGCAGGAGCGAUGCCCAGCAGGAGAGACCAGGGGGGGAGACAGCAGGAGCGAUGCCAGGGGAGACAGCAGGAGCGAUGCCAGGGGAGACAGCAGGAGCGAUGCCAGGGGGGACAGCAGGAGCGAUGCCAGGCAGGAGCGAUGCCAGGGGAGAGCGAUGCCAGGGGAGACGGCCGGAGUGAUGCCAGGGGAGAUGGAAGAAGUGAUGCCAGGGGAGACGGCAGGAGUGAGACCAGGGGAGACAGCAGGGGCGAAUCCAGGGGAGACAGCAGGAGCAAAUCCCGGGGAGACAGCAGGAGCGAUACCAGGGGAGACAGCAAGAACGAUGCCAGGGGAGACAGCAGGAGCGAUGCCAGGGGAGACGGCAGGAGCGAUGCCAGGGGAGAUGCCAGAGGCGAUGCCAGGGGAGACGCCAGAGGAGAUGUCAGGAGCGAAAUCAAGGGAGACAAUAGGAGCGAGCCCAAAGGAGACAAUAGGAGCGAGGCCAGAGGAGACGGCAGGAGCGAGACCAGGAGUGAAAGGACAGCCAGAGGAAGAGGAAGAGGACCAGAAUUAACUGACAAAGGGAGCCGAGGAACAACCAGAGGAACACAAUUUGACACACAUGGCACAAGCGGUAAUUACCAUGAAAGCUGGGAUACAAGAAGUGGAUACACAGAAAGAGAUCGAUAUGAUCGAGACCAAAGCAGAGAUACUUCCUUUGACAGACGUGGCCAUACGGAAAGGGAAAAGCGUGAAAACCGAGAUCGAGAGAGAGACCACACAAUUAACACUACUACUCGACAUCCAGGGAGGACAGAUGAUCAGGACCUUGAUGAGAAAAAGGAUGAGCGGCGUUCAGAUCGUGAAGACAGGCGUGAUGAUAGAUUAAGGGAAAGAGACCGUGACAAAGAUCGUGAUAGAGACCGAGAGCGAGAAAGAGAAAGAGAACUAGAUCGGGAGAGGGAGCGUGAAAGAGUCCGUGAACGAGAUCGAGAAAAAGAACGAGAACGAGAGAGGGGCAAGGAAAGAGAGCGGGAAAGGGAAAGGGAGAGAGAUAGAGAGAGAGAACGGGACAGAGAAAAAGAAAGGGAGAGAGUUAAAGAGAGGGACAGGGAGAGAGAGAAACAAAAGGACUGGGAUGAGAAGGAUAAAGCAAGAGAUGAACGCAAAGAUAAAAAGGAUGAUCAACGGGAGGAGCGGGAUUUUCGAGAAAGUCAUGGGCAAAGAAAAACAAGAAAACGUCCUCGGACAGAAAGCAGCCUUAGUCCAAUGGCGAAGCGAGCCCGUGACGAAUCUCCUGAUAGUGAUACCUGCAACAGUAGUGAAGGGAAAAGUGAAAAGCAUCGGUUAUUAAGUCAAGUGGUACGUCCACAAGAUUGUCGGUCAGUCAGUCCACCACGUGUUAUUGAAGAUAGAACAAGCAGCUGGAAAGAUGAUGACAGGAAAUCAGACAAAAAGGAAAGCACAAGGAGGCGUGAUGACCAUACCAUAAGAGAAAGAAUAUCCUCAGGGGACAAGCAAAGAGAGCACACUGUCGAAACUGUUGAGAGUUCACGAAGCAGAGAAUCUGACAGUGCCACACACCACGUUAGCGAUGAUAGAGAAGGACUGACAGCAAGGCAUGAACAGAACAAGAAAAAGAACAAAGGACAGCGUAAGUCUCAAAAGAAAAACAAAAGAGAUGAUGAUUGUGGAUCCAAAAAAUACAUUGCUGAGCCCUUGGUAGAGGAAACAGUUUUAUCGCCCAGGAAAGCAGCAAAGAAGAAAAAUGUCGAGAAAAAGCGUAAACGCUCUAAAGACGAUUCAGAUGCUUCUGAUGAGGAAGUGGUUCCACCAGCCAAAAAGUGGAAGGGCCCGAGAACUCCACCUGUAACAGUAAAGGAAGAAUCUGUUGAAGAUGUGUCUGAGAAGAGUGCUGAAGGAAAUGCCCAGGGAGGGGGUGAUGUCGUUUUCAGUGAUUGGUCAGAUGAAGAUGUGCCAGAUCGUGAAGAAAGUAUAUUUCUGAUAAGAGCGUUGAAGAUUCUCGAAGGAAAGUUCAGAAAGCUGAGGUGGAAAAAAAUAGAAGCACCUACCGUGGCUGACAAUCGUCCAUGUAAAACAGAUGAGCACAAACGGAGUAGUAGCCUUGGCAGCAAUCGUAGCCGGACUUCUAGCCGUUUACGGUCACCAUCAAACGAAUCUACACAUCGCAGUGGAGACGAUCAGAGUGGUGGGAGGAAACUACAGCUUGGAACUGCAAGAGAUGGGCAGAAGUACAGAAAUAUUGAACCUUGUGAACGUAAAUCCCGAAUAGAUCAACUCAAACGUGGGGAGCCCAGCCGCAGCACCUCCUCAGAUCGUCAAGAUUCUAGAAGUCACAGUUCUAGACGAAGCUCCCCUGAAUCGGAUCGACAAGGGCGUUCCAGGACUGGAUCCUUUGAGAGCAGAGAAAAGCUUCAGGAUAGUGAACGUGACCGGGAUCGAGAAAGGCGAGAGAGAAGAGAAUGGGAGCGGGAUGGAGAACAUCGGGAUUGGGCUAAAAGCAGGGACAGAAAUAAAGACAAACGAAGAGAGGUCCUGAAGGAGAAACAGAAACCACCUGCAGAAGUGCCUGAUAAAGACAAAGAACGAACUCUGGAAGCUGUUUCCAUGUUGGAACAAACCCGAGUAGAACCAAGACCAGGAAGAGAAACUGAGAAGCAACUUGAGCAAAAUGAAUCUGCAGCUGCAGUGACGUGUGAAAGAGAUGUAAAGGAACCAGUGAAGGAGUCAGAGAAUGAAGAGGUCCACAAUGAUGAACCCGUUGAUAACGUUGAAGUUGGUGAACAAGAUGGAAAAGUAGAUGAUGCCCAGUCAUCCAUGUCAGGAGCUUGUGAAGAAUAUGAACCAAUUAGUGAUGAUGAGCUGGAUGAGAUUCUGAACGAUGAUGCAGGAAAAAGAGAAGAAAACCAGGAUGAAGAGAAAGUAUCAGAUCCCAUGGAUGUGAUUGAUGUCGAUUGGUCAAGCCUGUUGCCCAAGCAGCCCAAAGAGCCAAAGGAGCCCGGAGCUGCUUUGUUAAAAUUUACACCUGGUGCAAUCCUGUUACGAGCUGGAAUAUCAAAGCGCCUGGCUGGUGCAGAAUUGUUUGCCAAAGUCAAUGAAACUUGUCGGGCUGCUAUCAACAAUUCGAAAGACAACAUUUUUGAAGAUGAACUUGGAGCCCUCAACAUGGCUGCUAUUCAGAGAAAGGAGGAGAGAGCCCAUCUGCUGAGCAAUUUGGGACCCUGCUGUAAAGCACUUUGUUCUCGUAGGGAUCUUGCUAUCCGCAAACAGCUAGUAAGAAAUGAAAAAGGUGCCUCCAAGCAUAUGUAUACAAAUCAACCAGUUGUGGACAACGAUCUUCUCAGAUCAAGCCUUCGGUUGUUCAAACGCAAAGCUCUGUGCCAUGGUCACAUGCAGGAAAAAAGUGAUGACAGUAAGAUUUCGCGACCUAAGGUUAAACAGGAAGUUUGUGUUUCAUAAAUUUUUGGCAGUAUCCUGGAUUGAUUGAUUUUGAUAUAGGGGAAUCUGCAUACAAAGAAUUGGUUCCUAUACCUGAACAUUUGGAAGGAUGUCACUUGCUUAAUUACAAACCUAACUUUGGCCCGGCGUGGUCAAAUGUAAUUUUCCAGCUUUCAAGACUAUUUGUUUUGGGAAUUCAAAUACUGUUCUAUCUACUGGACAAGUGAAUGUUUCAUUUUUGCAGUACAGAUUUGAAAUCUUUAAUAAAACCCUCACAGUUUUGUUUAAAAGUGUUGUUUUAUUGUUUAUAUGUAAAAGGAGAUGUUCCACUGGAAUUAUGGGUGGUUGCAAUUUAAUGCCACUGAUUUUGCUGUUGUCAAGAUGUGCAAAAUAACUUUCAGUCUGACGCCAACUGGGAUCUGUGGAAUUCAGAAACUGAAGUUACCUAGCGGACUGAUCAUCCAUUCAGAUUGAAGAAUUCACAGACUGAAAAGCAGGAAGUAGAAAACACUACUAGCUGCUCUCAGUUUUGCAACAAGUAAAAUAAUGAAUGGAACCAGCAGAAUAAUUCUGAAGUAUCAUCAGCAAGUUUUUAAAAAGUGUUCAGUUUUAUUGCUUUUAAUCUAUGGAAUGGGGGAAUGGCAUUUCACACAUAACAUUGGUUUAUCAUGGGCAUCCAGACUGUCUGUAAUUGUGACUUGGUAUAUGGCUAAAAAAUAUGGUUGCACCUCAAUCGAUAAGGCUUAGUUUCUUCAUUUUUUAAAACAAUGUGUGCAGUCCAGAAAGUGAAGUUGAUGAGGAUGUAUUGAUUAUGCUGGGGGUUAAUAUUUUAACAUUGAAUCUUGUGAAGGACAAGAGUAUCGUUAACAGAAACGUCCUCAUUUAACUGUAUAUGUGCAGAUGCUGGAGGUUUAUGUCAAUUUUAUAUAAUAAUAACAAUAGCAAGCUCUCCAUAAUUACAAUCAUAAAUUCCAGGCCAGUAAAUUCAUUGAUUUUCAGCCUCAUAUUUACACUAAAGUUUAGACGGUGAGUAUUUUGUGCUAAAUACUGUGUCACAGUGGAGAACUUUAUUUCAUCCAUGGCUUGUGACUUUGAAAGAAGGAUCCCUCAUUAAGUAAUAAGAAAAUAUACAAAUGGCUUUGCUACUAAUGUAACUUUUUUAAGAACCAGGCAGAUUUUAUGGUGAUGGAGCAAUUUAGCUUGCCAGUAGUAAAUGGUUAACAGACAUGUAUGGAUGCAAACUGCAAGAAUUUCCUUUAAACUAAGCAAAUUGUAUAACCAUGGAUUAAAGCAACUAUGGAUUGGAAGUUAUGAGUAGAUGUCCAUAGACUAAACUCAAUGUUGUUAUUAUCAAUGUGUGAAUUGUAUUGGUAUCCACAAUUGCAUAAAUGUUUUUAUUUGAUUUUUUUCUAAUGUAAAACCAUUGAACAAUGGAAGGAUGCAGCACAAGACCCAUAUGUAAAUCUAAAUCAAAAUGAAUAAGUUUUGUACAAGUUUGUAACAUGAUUUGCGUUUUUUGAUAACUGAUUUCACAGAAGGUCACUUGAAGGAAUCAACUUAUGCCAUGUUAUGGAUAAGGACAACUUUUUUUGAAUAUAUCUAUCCUAUAGCAGCCAACCUUACCUUACUAAACCUAUAUUUUGUCAGAAUUGUAGUUGUAGGAUAUCUGAUCUAAUGUGAACAUUUUUAUGUUUUGUUUGUGUAUUGUAUUGUUUUUUUUACAUUUUUAUACUUUGUGCCCAUAUUGAAUUUUAAAUAAAUAUGUUAAGUUUUAGUGUGUCAAAA